UAUUGUAUAAACAUUUUUUUCCUCCUCCUAAAUCAAUUAUGUUACAAAAUAUCUCGAUAUUUACGACACGUGCAAGUUCAGUUUUAAUAACGCCACAUCUCCGCGAUAACCGCAGAUUGACAAAUUUUUGACGUUCGAGACGUUGACAAUAUCACAGAAAAAAAACAAGCGUAAAUUAACAAAUAAAAUAGUUUUCGAAUACAAAAAAUUACAAUUCUCUUUCGAAAUGUCUUUUUCUUAUUACAACGACUUGUGGCUGGUCACGAGAAGCGAUUUGGAAAAAUUACUCGAGCUCGAACGAGCGGCGCAAAAAACUAAAGCGAAAAGAGCCGAAGCUUUGGAUUCGGCUUUAUCUUUGUACGUGAGAUAUCGCAAUCUCGUGAGGAGACUCGUCAUAUGCUACGAUCAAAUGGUGCAGACGCAGAAACGGGAAUUGGUCAAACAAGUGUUGGACUGCGCCGUCGGACGGAUGUUAGAGUACAAGAAAUUAAUCGGCCGACUGGAUCGCACACUGUCGGACUAUCAGUGGCCCGACGAUAUCUUGAAUCAAAUGAAAUUCACACCGGACGAUAUUGAACUGUUGAUACCAGCGGUUGGCCGGGAACGCGCGGAGGAACGCAGAAAGUUCGUUCAGGAAUUAAUAGAAAGUGCUCAGAGAGGUGUGUCAAUGUUUUUUUAUUUUUUUUUUUUUUAAACUGACAACAAAAUGUUUCUGAACAAUCGCCGGAAAACACAACUGGAUAAGAAAAUUGGCGGAGAAAAAUUUGCGCGAGAAGCUCGCAAAACCAACAAAGAUAGGGGAUUGUUA